AAAUGCUUCUCCGAAACUAAACCCCAUCCCGCCCGCCGAAUUCAGGACGAAGGCCCGGCCAGUACGGGCUUCCCUGGACAGCCGGAGGCGCCCCACUCAGGCCCUCCCGUAGGCGGUGAGCACCCCGGCCGGGCAGCCCUUCGCAUCCGACUCAUUACCGGAAGCGCCCCUCACAGUCUCGCCGGUGCGCCGGCGCGCACGCGCACCUGUUUGCCGACCCGGAAGCGGCUGACCGGAGAGAAGGUCAAAUCGGCUCCUGAGGGCUUUUAACUUGCUCAUUUCUGCGUCAGAACCUCAGUCCCCAGGCAUACACCCCUGAGGUGUGGGGUGUCUACGCACAUUCGAGUCCCUUCACCCGCGCCUCCCACCGCGGAUUGACGUCUCAAGACCCAUCUUGCCUGGGAGAGAAGCCCAGAAGAGGGAGAAGAAGAAAGCCCAGGAGUCAGGAAUGACUCUUUCUCAGGAACGGUUGACCUUCAGGGAUGUGGCCAUCGAAUUCUCUCGGGAGGAGUGGGAGUGCCUGGACCCUGCCCAGAGGGCCUUGUACAGGGAUGUGAUGGUGGAGAACUACAGGAACCUGGUCUCCCUGAAUAUCUCUACUAGAUGUAUGAACAAAGAAUUACCACCAAAAGACAACAUUAAUAAUGGAGAAUUAUUCCAAACCUUGAUUUUGAAAAGACGCAUAAGUCAUGACUUUGACUUCGGUUUGAGGGUUCAGCAAGAUGGGAACAAAUUUGAGACUCAGUGGCUAUGUGAAGAAAAAAAUUGCAAAGGAAUGACUACAUCCCAUUAUAAAAAUCUCACUUGUAGAGAAGACCAACAACAUCACAAGUUCUGUAAUGAUUUUCCUGUAAAGCAUAGUGUUUCUGUAAGAAAUAGUAAAUCUCAAUACUACAAACAUGAUACGUCGAAUAACGCACUGAAAAACAAGGCAGGCUCUUCAGGAAAUAAGUAUAGGAACUGUUUGGACAAUAGGCUUGGUUUAAGCUUUCAUUCACAUCUGGCUGAACUGCAGAGAUUUGAAACCCAAGAGGAAAUUCAUGAAAGUAACCAAGUUGAGAAGUCUACCAAAAAGUCCUCAGUUUCACCCCUUCCAAAAAUUCCUUCUAGUGUCAAAACCAACAUUUCUAACAAGUAUGGGAAGGUUCUUACACAUUCUUCAUUACAGACACAACAUCAGAAAACACCCAAAAGAGAAAAACCUUACAAAUGUAAAGAAUGUGGGAAGACUUUUAGCCAUUGUUCAACCUUAGCUACUCAUCAAAGAAUUCAUUCUGAGCAGAAACCUUACAAAUGUAAUGAUUGUGGCAAAGUCUUUAACAGGUUCUCAAACCUCACAAGGCAUCAGAGAAUCCAUACUGGAGAGAAACCAUAUAAAUGUAACGUAUGUGGUAAGGAUUUUAUGAUACGUUCACACCUUUGGGGACAUGAGCGAAUUCAUACAGGAGAGAAGCCUUACAAAUGUGAUGAGUGUGGAAAAGCCUUUUCUGAGUGUUCAAAUCUUGUUCAACAUAAAAGAAUCCAUUCUGGAGAGAAACCUUACAAAUGUAAUCAGUGUGGUAAGGAAUUUAUCACCCGUUCACAUCUUUGGGGUCAUGAGAGAACUCAUACUGGAGAGAAACCUUAUAAAUGUAAUGAGUGUGGAAAGGCCUUCUCUGGAAGUUCAAAUCUUACUCAACAUAAGAGAAUUCAUGCUGGAGAGAAACCAUAUAAAUGUAACGUGUGUGACAAGGCCUUUAGUCAGAAUUCAAGCCUUACAGUUCAUCAGAGAAUUCAUACUGGGGAGAAACCUUACACAUGUCGUGAAUGUGGUAAAGCCUUCAAGCAAUACUCAAGCCUGAGUAGACACCAGAAUAUACACAGAAUGAAGAUAUAGAUGUAGAGCCUGUAGUAAGGCUUUUAUUAAAUGAUCUCAUAUUUGGAGUCAUAAGGGAAUGCAUAUUGCAAAGAAACUUUACAAAAGAAUGGCAUGGCCUUCGUGCCAUGAUUUGACCUCAGGAAUCACCAAAGAGUUCAUGUUGGAGAAAACCCUAGAAAUACAACUUGUGGUGAAUUGCUUAAGUAAGUUGUACAAUGUACUGUACUUGAGAGAAUUCUUACUAGUGAGAACUAAGUCUAGUUCUUGAAGAUUAAUCAAAUCACAUGUCAAACUCUGCAGGAAAAUUAGAAGUCAAAGUGAUUUAAAAUUCCUAAGACAAUGGGUAUCAAAGGAGCAGGGGCAUCUAUGGAAAUGCCCACUUAAUCAUCAGUUUAUAUAGUCAUUUUACUCAUUUAGAUGUUGUGAUGAGGCUUACUUUAUUAUUGAAUUUGGAUCUGUGGUAGAAAAUCUAUUAAUGAUGUUAUGUCUUCAUCAUAGACCUUCCAUGUGUUGCCACAAUGGAACUUCUUGUUUUGGUCCUAAUGUGAAUGAUGGUUUAUUUUUAAUUUUCAAGUCAUUUGUUCCUUGCUGGUAUGUAGGAAGAUAGUUAACUUUUGUACUGUGAUCUUGUACCCCACAGCCUUGGUGUUAUUGCACAUUAGUAUUUUAUCUACCAUACUUUUGUGCAUCGUAUGAGGUGGCUUGGAAGUUCUGGUGACAGGUGCCACUCUAUCUUGUUUCUGGCAUCAAGACACAGGACUCUCUGUUACCAUACUAAUACCGAUUGAAUCUUGCAGUCAUUUAAGUCCAGCUUGGUUAUGGUGCAGGUUCUGGAUGUAUUGUGUUGGCAAUCAGAGUAUCCAGUUUGUUAAGGUCUCAGAAGCUUUAUGCGUUAUUGGUAUUGGCAUAUAAAAGAAAUCUUUGCACAUAAAUGGAAACUGGUCAUAGCCAAAAUUAUAAACAUACCAGUAAUCUAAAACAUGAGUACAAGUUAUGAAAACACCUAAGUGUAGAUCUAGAUUAUUAUUAUUAUUUUUUUUUUUUUUAGAUCUAGGUUAUUGUAAGAACAUAGCCUUCCAGCUUUUUCGGUAUAUCAUAAUGGUUUAAUCAUGUGCUUUGUUACCUCCCCAGUAAGUUUAAGUCCCCAUACUGCUGCUAAACAAGGAGUGAAGUUAGUGAAAUCACUCAACCCUGUGUGCCUAAGGUCUCCUCCUUAGAAUGAAAGUGGUAGUAGUCCCAUCCCUGAUUUUUGAUGAAUGAAGACUUUAAGUGCCUUGACAGCAGAGAUUCUUACAUUGUGAGUGUUUUUUAGAAUUCCCCAUUCAACUCUCAGAAGGCUCUUAAUGAAGCUAAAAUUAAAUAUUUUUUUCUUAAAGAUUUUAUUUAUUUGCAAAAGAGAAAGAGAGCGAGCAUGAAGAGGGGGAGGAGCAGAGGGAGAGGAAGAAGCAGACUCCCUGCUGGCCAGGGAGCCUGAUGUGGGGCUCAAUUCUGGGACUCCAGGAUCAUAACCUUAGCUGAAGGCAGAUGCUUAACCCACUGAACCACCCAGGUGCCCCUAGAGCAAAUGUGUUUUAAUGGGAAGUAAGCAUAAGUGAAGAAUACUAGUUUUCUUUUCUUUUUAAAAAAGAUUUUAUUUAUUUAUUUGACAGAGAUUAGAAGUAGGCAGAGAGAGAGAAAGGGAAGCAGGCUCCCUGCUGAGCAGAGAGCCCGAAUGUGGGGCUCGAUCCCAGGACUCUGGGGUCAUGACCUGAGCUAAAGGCAGAGGCUUUAACCCACUGAGCCACCCAGGUGCCCCAAGAAUACUAGUUUCCAGUUGAAAUGGUAAGUGUAGGUGAAACUUAGGUUCCCAUGCAGGAUCCCCCAAAGGAAGAGCAUCAUUCAUUGCAUCAGAUGACCUCCAGAUUUUUGAUGGGAGGAGUCAUCUUCAUAUCACAGAUGCUGAUUACAAUCCUGGGGAGUUUCUUUCUUCUUUCUUUACCUGUGUAUCUUCCUUUUUCUCAUAUGUGAAGGUUGAGGUCUACAGAUCUGAGUGUCAAGCACCUGUUUGUAGCCAACUUCUUAGUCAUCAUCUUCACAAGAAUCUCCAGCACCGUGACAGCUUUUGGGUAGGAAUAUUUUCUCCCUGAUCUUGGAUGUAAAUUUGUUUACUGGGUUACAGCGUGAUAUACUGUGCUAUAUUAUGUAAGUAUCUGAAGAAUCUGGAUGAAGGGGUGAAGUUUAUAAGGACUUUUUCAUAUGGUAUUUGCACAUUUUGUGUAUCUAAUUUCUUCAAAAUAAAAAGUACAGAAAGGCAGCAUGA